AUGAUCACCGAGGAUGGUCAAUCCACCAGUAUAGGAUCGGAUGUCCAAUCCUCCAGUAUAGGAUCGGAUGUCCAAUCCUCCAGUAUAGGAUCGGAUGACCAAUCCACCAGUAUAGGAUCAGAUAGCCAAUCCACCAGUAUAGGAUCGGAUGACCAAUCCACCAGUAUAGGAUCGCCCACCAGUCAUACCCCUCCGCGCCCGGGCGACAGUAGUGGUUUUUUCCAUGCAACCACCAUUGCCCUGGCAUGUGUCUUAUCCAUCGUGCUUUUUCUGGUGAUCUUUGGGGCCGGGGUGUGGUAUCUUAGACGAAGGGGAAAACUGCCGGCUUUCAUGACGAAAAAUCGGAGCCCCAAUGAGCCUUCUACCGAGUUGGAAGUACAGGCUGCCAAAAGAGCACCGAUACCAACUCCACCAGCACUGGGCAGUGCUGAAUAUUCCUUCGCAUACGGGCAGAGGCCAGACACCGGGGGAGCCAAUGCAAUGAACAAAGACAAUGAUGAAUAUCAUUAUUACUCCAGCCUAGACAAAGAUGGCGUAGGAGAAAAGAGCGCCCGCCACGUGAAAGACGGGCUAGGCUCGGUUAAAGUUCCAAGUAGGGAGGCUCCGAGCGACCACGACUAUUUUGCGCUGGUAAAGGCAGACAAAGAUGAGGACGCAAACGUGCAAGAUGGCGGACAUAAUGAAGUUGUCUCGUCACCAGAGGAUGACGACGACCACACUUAUUUCCCGUUGCAGAAAACGCCUGAGCGCCCGUCUGGGAACGCGAACUCUGGUUACGAGGUUCCGAAGCCAGCUCCCACUAGUGGCAGCGAGGCUGAAGAGGCCUCGCUUUAAAACAGCAACUGUACAUAAUUUGAAAAGGGUAUACGAACAGAAGCUAUUUGAAUAGUCCUUUAGUGCGUGGUUGAGGUGUUGUCACUUCUGUUUUUCGGAAUGAUUGCUUUACAUGCUGUAAAUGCUGCACAUCGAGCGUAGGAGUCUGCAACUGGUGUGUAGAGGAAGGAACUGCAGUACCACUCGUUCGUAUAACCAUUAGGUGAGCCCAUAGUAAAGUUGGUCUCAGACGCAAGAGGUGUCGGUGUUAAACUUUGGGCCAAGGUGAAGAUUAGGCAAAUCUAAUUCACAAGUGACAUCUCCACAUGCCAAAAUAAAAAAAAUUGGGAAACUCUUCAAUGCCAACUGAGUCAGUAGGUCAGUCAGUGGAAUAAGAUGCAAAGGGAACUGUACGCUGUAUAUAUAGGCUGGCCCUCUGGGACCAGCAAAACUCAGAAAGAUAAAAACUGUGGCAGUUUUUGUUAAAAGUACCAAUUACCAUGUCCAGAGUUACACAUACCAUUUGUAACAGAUGUUACCCUCUGAUGGUAAACUCUAAAUGCGAAAGUUCUUUCUGUAUUGGGAACAAUCACUGUGCUACUUAUACUGGGUAAAUCUGAAAUUGAGUGAAACUUAUACACUGGGUAAAACUGACAUUGGGUAAAAUUGACAUUGGGUAAACUGACAUUGGGUAAAACUUACACUGGGUAAAAGUGACAUUGGGUAAAACUUUUACAGCGGGUACAACUUACGCUGGGUAAAACUUAGACACUGGGUAAAACUUACACAUUGGGUACAACUACGGUGAAACACAGUGGGCUAAAAUGUUUGUCAACACUGAACUGAUACUGUAAAUAUGACGAGAUAAUUGUGAAAAAUCUGUUCAAGUUCCAAUAAAAUGAAGAAUUAACAAGUGAGAGUAAAAAGAA